CAAGCAGGUUACGCCACUAAAAAUAUCACGGCUUACUCGGCAACCGCGGGCCAAGAAGACAGAGAUAAUGGCCAUCACAGGGAAGACUCUCGCCCCGGAAGUUCGAAUGGCGAGGAAAAGACGGUAGGUGGUGUCGAUCAUCAAGCCAGCAAUGAUGAUCUGCAAUCGCUGCUUCUGACCGGAGACACGGGGAAUUCCGUGAGACUGUUUCGCGGGUUAUGGAGCAACUUUCGCCCAAUGAAGGAGGACAAGGAAGAACACUCAUUCACAGAUUUGGAUGAUGAAUCAAAUGCGCGAAGGGACGAUGGCAUGCGCGCGGAGAAACAAGAAGGGCGGGCUACGUGCACGGCUGCAUCACUAAUUUCGGUGUCACACUGCGUUCUUGCUGAUAACGCAUUGACGGCUCUCAAUAUUUCGCCAGACGAGGAACGUAUCGCGAGAGAUAGCGGCAUUACUCAGGCGGACUCUGAAUCAACCGAAAAAGCAUCGCCUGAUAUUUUAGAUUCCACUCGCGUCACGGACCAACUUCCGCUGGAAUCUCACACUUCGGAACCCAAGAUACUACUCAUACGACCCGUGGCCGGUGAAAAUCGGGCCUCAUCAUCACCUACCUCGGAUGACGCAACCAGUGAAGGCUUCAGAGAUCCUAUCAUGAGUUGGGACGAACUCCUACGUUCCGACGCAGGAGCAAAGGGUUCACCAUACUAUUGCCCGAAGUCAAAAGCCAUGCACAAGACACCAUCAUCCGGGUCUGUUGAUCAUGAAAAGGCGUCGACAGCGAAAUCAGCGGACGACACGCAAAUCGACUGCUGUGCAACCGACACCGGGAGACAAUUUCCACCCAAUGAAAAACAGGGCAGUUGCAAAGCCAGUGACGCAGAGCCAGAGGAGGAAUGUUCAGAAGAACAACAAGAAGAAGACGCUGUAGACACAAGUUCCAAUGCGUCCAAGCUCUACUUGAAAGCGAAAUACAUGCUCCAACGCUUGGCUGGUCUCAAACGCGAGAACCUCUAUUUAUCAGAGGACAUGCAAGAGUGGUCGGAAGCUAUGAAGGGAGACAGUUGGAAAGACAUGAUCUUUCUGAGACUGAAAUCUGCCGGGAGAUCCGCAUUUCCCGAAGGACCUCCACGAGAUGCAUUCUCCACCGAUACCGUUGAAGCAAUCAGUUACAAAACUGUCCUCAACAUGAGCGCUUUGGCUCAGAUGGAAGAAGAGAUAGAAAACAAGAAGCUCAGGAAGGCAAUCGUUACUUCGCAACAGGAAACGCUGUUGAGACGAAGAGAGAAACGCACAAGUGACGUUGCUAUGCUUGAAGAUGCGUAUUCUUACUAUUAUGACGUUCACGUAACCGGGAGGAAGCUAAAGAAAGAACUUGAAGAUUCAUUUGAACGGUUCGAGAAGAAACUGAUUCAGGUGGUGGGAUUGCUCAAGAAAUUCCCCGCGAGCUGGGAAGAAAAGAAGGAAUUACAACUGGCAGCUGAAUCAAUGGGAGAAUACCUGAGCUCAGGAUUCCCUCUCGACCCUGGCAACAUGAAGAUACUGGAAAUCCUGAACCCGCACUUGAAAGAACACAACUUGCUGAAUGUAUUUCUUCAGCGCUCCGGUUCAUCAAAAAUAUCCGACUCGAAUCAACUUUGGAGUGCUUACAAAAGAGCAAAACCAAAGCGGAACGUGGUCCCACAGUUGAUGCCCAAAGAACACGCACAAGUUGUUACAGCUCUCCCGAUGGUUCAACGCGAAUGGCACAGAGCAAGUUUGCGCUCCGCGAUUCAAANUUCCCAAGUGGUCAGUUUGAAGCGCGGCUCUCAGCGGCAAAAAUCCGAAAUUGCCAAGCUGAGUGCUUCCCAGGUUGCCAAUAAAUUUGCAUUCACGAGCGUGGGUAUCGCAGUUCAUUUUCAAGCAUUCUUCGUCGCAAUAGAAAACCUGGAAAGCCCGGAAAAAAGUACCUUCACCACCAAGAACGGCAUGCUUGAGUAA